UGCUCUCUCUAUCAUUCAACAAUCUUACUCAGUGAACUCAAGAGUGCGUAAGAAAGUUGCUACCUUCAAAGCAUCAGUCAUCCAGCACAAGAACAUGCUGCCAAGGCUGCUCCUUCUCCUCAUCGCUGGGAUUAUUCUAGUGGGUUAUGGGACUGCACAGAGACUACCAAGAGUCAAAAGACAAAAUCUGAAGGUCCGCAUCAAUGCCACCGGUGACACUAUUGUCCUCAAGUUUGUUCGCCCACGACCUGACAUGAAACUUGAAGGCUUCAUCCUUGGUUAUGGAAGCAGCAUGUUUUCCAAGCAGUACAUUCAACUGCCCGAGAACGGAAAACCCUAUGAAGCUGAAGUUGAUGCCGAACCCAAGUACUUAAUAGCCGUGCAGCCAAUUCCAGCCAAUGAUGUGAAAAAGCAGUGCACAGGUCAAGUCAACCUCCAAAAGCCACUCCACUUAAUCAUUGGAAGUGUGACCCCGAGCUCAGUCUUGCUGUCUUGGGGCACAUUCCCGAAAACCCCCUUCGAGGGAGACAUAAUGAACGACUGUCUGGAAGACGGACACUACACAGUGCGCUACAGAGAAAAGGAAAGAAACAAGAAAUGGAACUAUGAAAACUGCCCAAUCAGUGACACCGUCAUUGAUAGACUGAAGCCCAAUACCGAGUAUGAAUUUGGAGUGAGAGCUUCCAAGGGCAAGGAAGAUGGACUGUGGAGCAAACCCAUUUUUCACCAGACCAAUGCCGCAUCUCCAGACAAAAUCAAAGAACAGGUUGAAAACCCUGAGAACAAGAUCAUUAUAGAUCAACUCAGGAAACCUCAGUUGCAAGACAUUACAGGGCUGAACAACAGAAAGACAAUUCACCGAACUCGGAAUCCCCCUCGGCUUGUUUAUAACAGGACAAUCGACAGAGGGCCUCUUCAGCCUAAAUCACCUGGACUUGCAUCAAAGAUAUCUUUUGUGCCAAGUGAAAAGCACCAGGACACGUCCCAACCUCAAACGUCCAAUGUACCCGAGUGGCCACAUGUGACACUUGGCAAAGCAAAUCAUUUUCAAUACACCACACCCUCGUCAGCAGAUGUGACUUACUCCUUCCCCAAUCAACGACCAGCUGAAACUCUGACUCCCUCAGUCAACCUAUUUGCUUUCCCUUCUGUUCAUGGUGAAAGAAAUCAGGAACCCAAACCAACUAAUGCACCUCAAAGACCAAAGAUUUAUUUGGCUAAUGGUGAUGCACAGCAAGGACACAUUCUAUCCAGACCAUCUAAUGCAACCCAGAAACUAAAGACUUACUGGGCUAAUGGGGAUGGACGUAUUCUACCAAAUGGUGAAGAACGUAUUCUACCAAAUGGCGAGAAACGUAUUCUACCCAAUGGUGAGAGACGUGUUCUACCCAAUGGUGAAGGACGUAUUCUAUCCAAUGGUGAGAGACGUGUUCUACCCAAUGGUGAAGGACGUAUUCUACCCAAUGGUGAGAGACGUGUUCUACCCAAUGGUGAAGGACGUAUUCUACCCAAUGGUGAGAGACGUAUUCUACCCAAUGGUGAGAGACGUGUUCUACCCAAUGGUGAAGGACGUGUUCUACCCAAUGGUGAAGGCCGUAUUCUACCCAAUAGCGAGAGACAUGUUCUACCCAAUGGUGAAGGACGUAUUCUACCCAAUGGUGAAGGUCGUAUUCUACCCAAUGGUGAAGGACGUAUUCUACCCAAUAGCGAGAGACGUGUUCUACCCAAUGGUGAAGGACGUAUUCUACCCAAUGGUGAAGGACGUAUUCUACCCAAUGGUGAAGGACGUAUUCUACCCAAUGGUGAAGGACGUAUUCUACCCAAUGGUGAAGGUCGUAUUCUACCCAAUGGUGAAGGACGUAUUCUACCUAAACCCUUUAAUGCAACCCAGAGACACACACAUUACUGGGCUAAUGGUGACGGACGUAUUCCACCCUUUAAUCCCAACCAAAGACCAAAGAUUUACUUGGCUAAUGGAGAAGGCCGUAUUCUACCCAAAUCCUCUAAUACGACCCAAAGAGCAAAGAUCCACUGGGGUAAAGCAUACCCCGUUAAAAACAUCACAUCCUCAUCAGCUGCAGUGGUGCCACACACUUCUCCUAGAGCACUGCCAACCAGAAACAUGCCUUCUUCAGUCAAACCGGUUGCUUUCCCUUCAGCUAAUGGCGAAACACAUCAGGGGCAAGCUCAAUCCAGGCCAACUAACACUUCUCAAAGAGCAAAGAGUCUCUGGGCACAUGGUGAUCACCACAAGGGAAUCUCACAGUCAAAAUCACACCAUGUUCCUCAUUGGCCAAGGAUUCAAUUGGCCAAUGGAACACAAUGGGAAGAUAAUGAACGUCAAGUCCAUCAUUAUUCUGAGUGGCCAGAGACAAAGCUGGCGUCUCCUCUGCAACGUUCCCUCCCUGACCCCAGCAGAAGAAGACAGAACACAGUGGUUGGCAAGCCUGGAAACAGCGUCAAGAUAACAGAUGACCGCCAAUUACCAGACAAGUCAUCUGUUCUCAGGACGGUUUUGUCUUCAGUAACUGAAAAACCAGCAAAACAAGAAAGGAAACUGAUGCCAGCAGCGAAUACAAGAAUAAAUGCAACAAGGAUGGAACCUUCAGAUAAUUCUUCAGUCUUUAACCCAGCUCCUCUGUUGGAAAUCGACUCCAUGGGAAAGGAACGUUUCAUUGCUCCUCAUGUGAAGUACAUGAUGAAGGAGCCAGACGACCCUUGUUCCAUCACAGAGUCUCUCAGACACUUCCCUGAAGAGGAGGAAGCCUUGAAUCAGGACAUCACUGGCCCGCCUAAACACCCUCCCUCCAACUUGACCGUGGUGACCGUGGAGGGCUGCUCUUCCUUCGUCAUCCUGGACUGGCAGAAAGCGGAUAAUGAUUCUGCAACAGAAUAUGAAGUAAUCUCCAAGUCAACAGGACCUGCAGGAAACGAGGAAUCCGUAAUGGUUACAAACCAGACCCACACUGCAGUGGAAAACCUGAAAGCAGACUCCAGUUAUGAGUUUACAGUACAACCCAAAAAUGUACUUGGAGUGGGUCCACCCAGUGAAGCAGUGCCAUUUAGCACAGAGUCAGCGGACCCCCGGGUUAGUGAAUACAUUUCAGGGAAAGAUGCCAUUUGGACAGAGUACCCAUUCCAGUCGGACUCUUACUCUGAAUGCAAUGGGAAGCAGUUUGUUAAGAGGACGUGGUAUCGCAAGUUUGUUGGUGUGCAGCUCUGUAACUCAUUAAGAUAUAAGAUUUAUCUCAGUGACACUCUUACAGGAACAUUCUACAAUAUAGGGGACCAGACAGGUCAUGGAGAAGACCACUGUCAGUUUGUGGAUUCAUUUUUAGAUGGACGAACUGGACAGCAGUUCCCGAAUGACCAGCUGCCACAAAGAGAAGGUUACUAUAGAGCUAUUAGACAAGAACCAGUCACUUUUGGUGAAAUAGGCGGCAAAGCACAGAUUAACUACGUCCAAUGGUACGAAUGUGGAACGACAAUACCAGGAAAGUGGUAGAACCAAUGGAGGGGCAACUGAAAAGACUGAGGAUGCGGGGCAGAAGAAAGGGGAGGCAUGAGGAAAGAUGUCUCAUGUAUUUUUACAGCAUUCCUGACAUGUAGACCUUAUUAUGUAUAAAAUGUGUACAGGACCUCUCCAUCAAGAAUUUUAUUGAGUAUAAUUGUAAUAUGUAAUAGUUUAAGUUUGCUAACUGUAUUUAUCAAAUGUGUCAGAGAAACUCAAACAAACAAACAAAAAAAAGGAUUAAUUCACAUAAAUAGAAACAAAUAUUGGGAAGCUGGCUACCUAAACCUAUUUUGAUUACAAUUUGUAUAUUAUUAUUUAUCAGAUAAUGUUGUAUUAAAUGUUACUUCUGGUGGUUUAUCAGAUUUUAAGGGAAUGGUUUAAGUCAGUGUUUCCCAACCCUGUUCCUGGCAGCACAGUGUGUCUGCUGGUUUGCAUUCCAAUGCAGCCCUCAAUUGCUUAAUUGAACCGUAUCAACAAACGAAGAGCUUGAAAAUAACGGGAAAAUGCCCAGUUUAUCACUUUAUUAGUUCAAUGAAGGGUUCAAUUGAGUGCUGUGUUGGAAGGAAAACCAGCAGACACGUUGUGCCGCCAGGAACAAGGUUGGGAAACACUGGUUUAAGUGACAAUGCUUUAGAGCAGGGGUCUCCAAACCUGGUCCUGGAGGGCUGCUGUCCCUCCUGGUUUUUGUUCCAACUUGGACCAAUUAAGUGCUUAUUAGAAGCUUAAUUGGUGCCUCCAGGACCAGGCUUUGAGACCCCUGUUCUAGGCUACUGCAAAGUGAAUACAUCUCAGCGGGACCCAGAUAUAUGCCCAUUUUAAAGUGUAUUUUAACCUAGUAGUGGUAGUGGAUUUCUGCCAAUAUAACACAAAAGAUGGUUCCAGAGUAUGAAUUCUUUACAACAUAAAAAGCACAAUUUUGUUUACAGGUUAUAAUGACUCAUGGUGAUAUAUAGAUAUGUUUUUAUACUAUUAUAUAAGACUAAAUAUAGGAGUAGUCUUAAUAUUAACAUAUGGAUAUGUAUGUAUGUGUAUAUAUAUAUAAUGUAAUUUAUCACAUAGCAUUACUUUUCCUACAGUCUUGAGUCGUUACGUCCUUAUUCAUAACACUGCUGCUUGUUAGAAAGUUUAGGGGUUUUACCUUCCUUAUAGAUUCAUGAGCUCCACUCACCCGUAUCAUCACUUGCACAUAAUUUACGAAUCCUUUGUUCUAUAAAACUCGUUAGAAGCUCUGUACCUAAUCACUUUCCUCUGGCUAACGUAUAAGUCUACAAUGACAGCCUGAGGGGUCUACAAUUGCAGUUUGCACAAUUGAAUGUAUUUAUAUGUAUAUGGAGCCAGAGAGUAGGAAACAUUCAACAGUUCCUUAGACAGAACAUUCCCCUGAGCCUGUAAACCACCAAUUGCCACAUUUUUAUGUCCUGCUUUUAUAAUCUCUUCCUUAAAUCAUAGCGCAAUUAUGGGUGUGGUAUUUAUAUAUUCUAAGUUGAGUUUACUGCAUAUAAGGAUAAUGUAAGUGAAAUAUAUAUAUAUAUAUAUAUAUAUAUAUAUAUAUAUAUAUAUAUAUAUAUA